UGCCAAUAAACAGAAGAAGAAGAAAACAAGGAUCUGGCUAGCUAUUGCUCUGAAGUCUGCAGUUGGGAGUGCCUAUUAAGUGUAAACAACAACAUGUCCGAAAGCAAAAGCCCACAGCAGUGGUCUACGGAUGAAACCAGAGUUCUGCUCACGAUAUGGUCUUCCACGGAGAUCCAGGAGAAACUCAAGCGCACGAAAAGGAGGAAAAGGGUGUACGACGAAAUAAGCCAAGAGAUGUUGGACGCUGGCUUCAUUCGUUCGAACGAGCAAAUCGUAAACAAACUAAAAAAGCUUAGGAAGGACUACAGAGACAAGAAGACGAAAAUAAAUAAGAGAAAGAAAGCCGUGAACUACGACGUUAUAUUAGAGUCAGUUCUGGCACAGCGACCAGCGAGUAAAGUGACCGAGGCGUUGAAUUCAGAGACGGCCAUGGAGACAAACGCGGAAUCGCCCGAUUCCUCGGCAACUGAGCUCGGCAGCAAAACGCCUGAGAACAAAACCAUACAGCAGUGGUCUUUGGAGGAAACCAGCGUGCUGCUUGGGAUAUGGUCAUCUUCGGAUAUCCAGGAGAAAUUAGAGACCUUGACAAGAAAGAAAAAAGUGUACGACGAGAUAUGCCAAGAAAUGGCGAACGCCGGUUUCAGUCGUACAUCUGAACAAGUCAUAAACAAGCUUAAAAAACUUAAGAAGGAGUUCAGGGACCAGAAGAAGGACCUACGUAAAUGCAUCAGUGAACGGAGCGAUAAAACUGCCAACUAUGACGUUAUGGAGGUACUUGAACACCUGCAAGCGAGAGAAUUGACUGAGGCCUUUAAUUCAGCGACGGCCAUGCUGGAGACCAAAGCUCAAUUGCUGAUGCCCCCUGUAUCUAAUCUUGUUGACAGUUUGGUGGAAGUCGAUGAUGUGCUGGAGCAAGCUGAAUCAUCCUUCAGCUCAUCUCAAUCCCAACCAAGAAGGUGUCCGCGACAGAUCAGAAUAAGGAAGAAAGGUUCAAAUAAGGAGCUGUUGGAAUACUUACAGAAUGCUGAUGAACGGUUUAUGGAGCAUGCCAGAGAACUUAAUGCUGCCAUUCUUAAGAAAAUGGAUGAAGCUACAAAUUCUAUGCUAGGACUAUUGGGACGCAUGGUUGCAGUAAUGGAGGGACAAGAGGCAAACAAGCAAUGAACACAGGACUUUUACACAUUUUAUUCUCUUUUGCACAAUUUUACCUACAAAAUCCAAAUUUUGCUACUUAAAAAAGUACUCAUUCCUGGUUUCAUUGUGAAAAGUUUAUUGGUGCACAUUAUUAUGAUCUUUAAUCAAAAUGUAAUAAAUUUGUUCUGAUAUGGAAUUACUUUUUGGCUGAUGUCACCAAGCCCCUCCCCUCCAACCACUUGUCAUAAAGAGAUCACGGCCAGCUUACUAUGACUACCACAUGAAACUAAAGCAGCAAACACAGACAUGACACAUUUUUGGCUGUUGCCCUCCCCAAAACCUGUCCCCAUCUACAAAGUACCCUGGCUGCUGGCUUGAAUUUUUGCUGUUUGUAGGAGGAAUGGCGAAGAGUUUGUAGUUGUUUUCUGUAUUUCCCUCCUAAAUAUCUUGGAAAUUUCAAGUAAAAUUAAAUGGGGUUCCCAAGCUCUGUCCUUGUCAAUAUAGUUGUCCCAUAGACCUUAUUCACGCAUGCCAUCUUCAUGACAUGACCAGUUAAAAGCCUACGCAUGGAAAAAAAGAACAUCUGCAUUCAAUGAAGGCUCAUCAACCACAAUAAAAGAACCAUUAGAACCAGAUGCCUUUGGUGACCAUUCUGCUAAAUCCGAACCAACAUUGUAUUUUUUAGUUGAUCAAAACCAUCUUUUCAUUUAUUACUGAGUAGAGAGAGAUUUUUAUUUUAUUUUUUUAGAUCAACACACUCUUGUCAUGUCUCUUUGCGUUUGUCCAUCAUACAGCUUGUUCUGCAUCUUGAUGGAUGUAGCACACAUCUCACCAGACAUCUUUAGACUACGUCCACAUUAAUCCAGAUAAAUUUGAAAACAUCUUUUUGUCUACGUUUUGGCCUUUCAUCCACACAGAUAUUUUUGUCCAGCGAAACUGAGAUUUUUGAAAACUCUCUUCCAAGUGGAUUAAUUUGAAAACGCUGUAUUCAUGUUGUAGUGUGGACUGGGAAAACGUCUCCGGUUACACAUGUAACCUCGGUUCCCUGUGAUGAAGGGAACGAGACAUUGCGAGAAUUGCUAUGGGGAAAUCCUUCUGACGGCUUAGUUGAAGCCCUUGUACAAUAAUGGCAAUCCUGCGAUUGGCAAUGGUGUUUGAGCCCUGCCACUUUAGGCAUGCUGUUGGCCUAUAUAAGUGGGUGCACGAACACCAUUUCUUCAGAAUUUUCUGAUUGAGGGACAAGAGCGCAUUCCUCGAACCUCAAAACUCUGAAGUAGUAGUGCGGCUAGCUUUCGAAAUGUCUUGUUCCCUUCAUCUCAGGGAAUCGAGGUUACAUGUGCAACUGGAAACAUUCCCUUUCGAUUCAGUUUACUCGACAUUGCGAGAAUCUCUAUGGGGAAUUGAGUCCCAUCAUGCACUAUGUGAUGUCAUACCCCCUGAGGUAUAAACACUUGAAAAAGUAUAGUAAGUCACAGGCCUACAGGAUGGUGACUUAUUAAAGACAUGUCUUCAAGUGUAUGAAUUAAUUAAUAACCCCACAUGGUGAAAAUCAGAUGGAAGUUAAUCUCAGCCUGGGAAUAUAUAUGAACUAUAUAAGAAUUUAACCCCUUCACAACCAAAGGUUGGGAAAGGAAAUGUAUUCCUAUUGGAAGUGCUCGUGACUUCUAAGGGGGGUAAUUUCAGCAACAGCCUAUAUACCAAAGUAUACAUAUAUCAGGUUCCAUCCAUAAUAAAGGGCCUGUUCUCACCUGCUGAGUGUUGGAACAAUAAGUGCUCUAGACAGAGAGGACUUUGAAGAGAUGGACACCACGUAGUGUUUGUGACGACUAACCUGCUGCAAAGCCUAUGUCCUGCAAGGACACACCAUUUGUCCAUGAAGAAGCCCUGCCUCAAGUUGAAUGUGCUUUCACACCAAUAGGUCAUCUCUCACCCUUUGAUUAAUAAGUGAGGGAGAUCACAUCAAUGAUCCAGUGAGAGAACCUUUGCUUGGAGACGGACAUGCCUUUUGUGCGUCCUCCAUAAACAAUACCAGGCAUGAGCUGUCGAGCGACAGAGCCUGCAUAUAACCCACCCGUUUAACAGAGGCCAGAGCCAAUAGGAGUGCGGUCUUGGAGAAACUACACGCAACACAUUAAAUUCCAAUGGUUUGAAUGGGGGGCUCAUGAGUGCAUUCAGCACCGGGAUUAAAUCCCAAGCUGGGACUGUAGCAGGGCGAGGGGGUUUAGGCGCCUCGCUCCCUUGAGGAACUGAAAAAUAGAAUAUGUCUGCCCAUGGAGGAGCCAGCCUCCAGGCCGUGGUAUGCUGACAUAGUUGCUACAUAAGAAUUGAUGGGAUGAGAUCUGCAUCCAGCUGCUCUUGGAGGAACGAGAGUACUCAGCUAUGGAGUCUUCACCACUUCUUCAUCACAAUUUGUAAACACAUGCCACUUAGCGCAUAGAGGCGUCUCACAGACCGUACUGUAGCUUGCAGAAUGGCAUUUAGCGGGGCAUGACAUUUAUGUAAGCUACUACUGUCAUGUUGUUCGAUCGAAUCAGAAUGUGGCGAUUCGCUACCUCGGAAUGCAAAGCCUUCAAGGCUAAAAGACGUGUGCUAGGUGCUGGAGGUUGGGUGCCCGGUGCACAGUGUGCCUCAGCCUGCACUGAUUGCAUCCAUGAUACCACAUUUUGCCAGAAGACCUGACCCAGCAUGAUGCUGUUAAAAGGUUGGAGCUGUCCAAGGUGCUCCAAUGCACAGGCGCCCCAGGCACCAGGCAUGCCGUGGGGAGGUCUCAUAUAAAAUAACUAACAGGGCGAUGGUGGAUGCUUUUGCCCAGUUUGUCAAUUGCCAUUUGUACAGCCUGGGUCUCAGAGUAGUAAAUUCCCGUGCUCGCACAACAGAGCCUCUGAUCAGGUUAAUAAUAGCCCAUCAUAGAAGUAGUUAAAAAUGCGCAUGCUGCUCAGCUUCAACGGAGCGAGCGCUGCAUCGAUACACUUAGAGUGUGAAGAGCCAAGGAAAGGACUCUGAAUUAAUAAGCUGUUCCCUCGAUGCAAAUCUCAAAACAGCCUGAGACGAGGUUGAACUCAUACAUGAAAGUACGCAUACGUCCUUUAGAUCUAUUAUACAUCUAUAUAAGAUGUUUCUGGGAUACCGCUUUGUAUGGGUGCCUUGCGAGCAUGUGAUUCAAGCGUCUUGGAUCUAAAAUGGGCUGAAGCCGCCGUCUCACUCCGGAACGGAAGACAUCGGCUGUAGAACCCUUGUGGGAGCCUCAGUUCAGAACAAUCUAUAUUGCAUUCUCUGUGAAGAGAUUGCGAGUUUCUGCGCGCAACAUAGGCGCAUCCCGAGCCAGGACAAUAGAUGGCUGAAGAUAACAGCCGUGUCAGCUCACUCGCUAGAAGAGAUAGAUUGCCGCUCGCCACCAGGAUGCGGAUGUGCACAGAGUGUGUGAGUAAAAGAAGCAUGAAUGGCUUCUUCGAGAGUGUGCGCCUCAUGCAGUGCAAUGAAUGCUUUUUUUUUUUUUGAGAACAUCCUUUAUUUAAACAACACAUAGAAGCAACAUUCUGUGUAAUAUCCCGGUUGUGACAAACUCCGGCGGUGAGGGGAGAGAAAUGAGAAUGUUUGUGUGUCUCGUGAAGGCAUCACGAGCGCUUUCCUCAUUUUUGUAAGAAUCAUUCUUUAUUUAACACAUCACAUGGAAACAACAUUUUGUGUAACAUCCCGGCCAACUCUGGCGGAGUAAUGAACAGCGUGUGAAUGUGUGGGCGUCUCAUACAGCGAACGCUUUCUCUUAUGUGGGAACAUUCCUAGGUGAAUACCACACACAGAAACAUAUUUUAGCAUCAUCCCGGCGAACUCUGGUGGGGAAUGAGCAGCAUGUGAAUGUGCAUCUCUUGCAACAAGUGCUUCAUCUUUUGUGUGAGAACAUUGAUUAUAUGAACACAACACACUGAAACACAUUUGUGUAUCAUCCCAGCGACCUACGGCAGGGAAUAAGCAGCGUAUAAAUGUGCGCAUCUCAAAUAUUUGCACCUAGCACAUUCCCGAUUUUUAUGAAAACAUCGUUUAUGUGAACACAAUACACUGAAAAGUGAAGCCUCCUGGUGAACACCAGCGGGGAGGGGAAGCGAACAGCGUGUAAAUGUGUGUGUGUGUGUGUCGAGCUUGUGCAGCGCAAGCAGAUGCAACAAGCAUUUUCUUUGUUGUGUGAGAAGACUGUUUAUAUGAAUUCAUCACACAGAAACAACACAUAUGCAAUCUUCCAGUGAACUACGGUGAGGAGGGGAAGUGAACAGCAUGUAAAUGUGUGUGCAUCUCAAUUAGGUGCAGCGCGAGCAGACGCAACAAUCACUUUCUCUAUUGUGUGAGAAGAUUAUGUGAAAUUCAUCACACAGAAAUAACACACAUGCAAUUUCCCACCGAACUCCGGCGAGGAUGGGAAGUGAACAGCAUGUAAAUGUGAGCGUGUUGAGUAUGUGCAGCGCAAGCAGAUGCAACCAGUGCUUUAUCUAUUGUGUGAUAACAUUGUUAUGUGAAAAAACACAAAGGAACACAUUUGUCUACUAUCCCGACCUCGCUCUGGGAGAGGGCGGGAGGCAUUCAUCAGUAUACAGCGUAUACUGUACUGGUGCGGAUGCUACAUCAGAAGAUUGCGGGACUUGCGCCGGCGUGGGAUCUUGCUCGAAUUUAUCCAACUCAACCUCAUGGCCCCGCUGUAUCUCCCUGUGUGAACCCUCGGGAUCUAACACAGGGAAGGCGGGUGAGAGGAGGCGGGAUCGUCCCUCAGAACGAGAGCGAUCCUUCUGUGGAGCAUCCGGAGACUCAUGCCCUUGCAGCAAUGCCUAUCUCUGUGAGAGCUGCUUUGGCAUGGCAGUGGCCCAGGCAGCGAACGCAGCUCUCAUGUUCAUCUGAUAGCGGGAUGCGCCGCUCACAUGUGGAACAAACUUGAAAAAGACAUGUUGCACGCAAGCGGCUCUUUAUAUGAUACAAUUGAAGUCAUUAAAACUCAUUUUUUAACCACUCCCAGAUUAGCAAACUAUAGUUUUGGCAACUCGUUUAGGACAUCUACUUUGUGCAUGACAUGAGUAAUUUUUCCAACAAUUGUUUAUAGACAGAUUGUUUCACUUUUAAUUGACUAUAUCACAAUUCCAGUGGGUCAGAAGUUUAAAUACAAUAAGUUAACUGUGCUUUUAAGCAGCUUGGAAUAUUACAGAAAAUGAUGUCAAGCCUUUAGACAAUUAGCCAAUUAGCUUCUGAUAGGAGGUAUACUGAAUUGGAGGUGUACCUGUGGAUGUAUUUUAAGGCCUACCUACAAAUUCAGUGCCUCAGUGCUUGACAUCAUGGGAAAAUCAAAAGACAUCAGCCAAGACCUCUGAAAAAAACUGUGGACCUCCAAGUCUGGUUCAUUCUUUGGGGCAGUUUCCAAACACCUGAAGGUACCACGUUCAUCUGUACAAACAAUAGUAUGGAAGUAUAAACACCAUGGGACCACACAGCCAUCAUACCAUUCUGUCUCCUAGAGAUGAACGUAGUUUGGUGUGAAAAGUGCAACUCCAUCCCAGAACAACAGCAAAGGACCUUGUGAAGAUGCUGGAGGAAACAGGUAGACAAGUAUCUAUAUCCACAGUAAAACAAAUCCUAUAUCGACAUAACCUGAAAAGCUGCUCAGCAAGCAAGAAGCCACUACUCCAAAACCGCCAUAAAAAAGCCAGACUACAGUUUGCAAGUGCACAUGGGUACAAAGAUCUUACUUUUUGGAGAAAUUUCCUCUGGUCUAAUGAAACAAAAAGUGAACCAUAAUGACCAUCGUUAUGUUUGGAGAUAAAUGGGUGAGGCUUGCAAGCCGAAGAGCACCAUCCCAACCGUGAAGCAAAGGGGUGUCAGCAUCAUGUUGUGGGGGUGCUUUGCUGCAGGAGGUACUGGUGCACUUCACAAAAUAUUUGGCAUUAUGAGGAAGGAAAAUUAUGUGGAUAUAUUGAAGCGACAUCUCAAUACAUCAGCCAGGAAGUUAAAGCUUGGUCACAAAUGGGUCUUCCAAAUGGACAAUGACCCCAAGAAUACCUACAAAGUUGUGGCAAAAUGGCUAAAGGGCAACAAAGUCAAGGUAUUAGAGUGGCUAUCACAAAGCCCUGACCUCAAUCUGAUAGAAAAUUUGUGGACGGAACUGAAAAAGCAUGUGCAAGCAUGGAGGCUUACAAACCUGACUCAGUUACACCUGUUCCGUCUGGAGGAAUGGGCCAAAAUUCCAGCAACUUAUUGUGAGAAGCUUGUGGAAGGCUACCCAAAAUGUUUGACCUAAGAUAAACAAUUUAAAGGCAUUACUACCAAAUUCUGAUCUAUUAUUCUGACAUUUCACAUUCUUAAAAUAAAGUAGUGAUCCUAACUGACCUAAGACAGGGAAUGUUUUCUAUGAUUAAAUGUCAGGAAUUGUGAAACACAGAGUUUAAAUGUAUUUGGGUUAGGUGCAUCUAAACUUCUGACUUCAACUGUACAUCAACAUAUUAAUAAGUUUAUAUGAAAAGGAUACACUAUCUCCUGCCGGAAGGCUGUGGGGAGCAGGGGUGUCUCGCUGAAACACUGCGUUGUUUAAUGCCGAGCGUCUGAAAUGAAGAACCCGUUCACCAAGAAGCGUCUUCGAUGGCGAGGCAGAGAGAAUCUUAGCCGGAACACUGCAGAGGAGGGGUGAGUCUUCUCACUGCAGCCGCUGAGUGGUACAGGCGAUGAGUCAUCCUGCAGAGAACAUUCCUUCCGCUGAAGAAUUGCAUCUCAGAUGAUUUCGCUGUCUUGAAGGAAGAAAAUUCUGAAGAAACGGUGUUCGCACACCCUCUUAUAUAGGCCAACUGUGUGCCUAAAGGGUUCAAACACCAUUGCCAAUCUCAGGAUUGGAGUUAUUGUACAAGGGCUUCAACUAAGUCGUCGGAAGGAUUUCCCCAUAGUGAUUCUCGCAAUGUCGAGUGAACUGAAUCGAAGGGAACGUGGAUAUCGAAAAUGCUGAUGUAUAUGUUGUCGUGCGAUGCAGUCAUGUUGUAGCAGCGUUGUUCUGUCUGCUAUCCACUCAGCAUUGUUAAAGAUAAAUGUUACUUUGUACAACCUUCAUAUUGCAUUCCUUCAAAGAUGAUGGGAAGUUUACUUGUCUGGCAGUGGAACACAAGGACAAUUGUGUUUCAGACCACGCUUCUUACGUUUUCUUUUUAUUUUCUGCAUGUAUUUUAGACGUUUCAGUGUGGACAAGCAGCUUUUGGAAACCUUUGAAAAUGGCAAUGUGGACGGAGAGCGUUACAACAAAAAUGCUGUUUUCAGAUUAAUCCGGAUUAAUUUGUGGAUGUAGUCUUAAUCUAAGGCAUUCAUAGCUCUAAAGAAUGUGGCAUUCUUUGGGGAAUGUUGAGCAGGUUGGACAGUUGGGUUUCCACUUCAUUGUGUUUCCUUUUGGAUAAAAUCCAAUCUUUUCUUGCAGUCAGUUAAUAUGAUGUUCUGCUCAAAUAAUGUAACACAUCCAUGUACAUAUAACCAGCAAAAAAACAUGUCGAAUUAGGGAUAGGUGAUAUGACCAAAAUCUUAUAUCACGAUAUGAGUAAUUUUAUAUCAGGAUAAUGUACAGUAUAUCACGAUAUAGCUACAUUUUUCUGGAAAAUCAAUAAAAUGGAUUUAUAUAAUGUA